UUUGGUUGGGAGCCACCAUUUUGGCAGUCAACAUGACCACCGGUGCCAGUGUUUUCUUACCGAGCGAGUAUACUUCUCAUUUUAAUUCAAGUGAAAUUCGGCUUUAUAGUACAAAAUUAGAGAGAUUAAAUAUAAGCGACCCAUAUAAUUCACCCGGUGUGCUUUUCAAGAGCAUAACCUCCUGCUCUGAAGACGAUGUACCCGACUUGCGCUACGCAGACAUCCACAGCUAUCUUGUAAGCUUUCCAUCAGUGUACUCAGGAGACUCCCUCAGAGCGUACAAAAGCUUGGAGGCUUACAAAUGGUGUCAGUCCGGCUUCGUAAACAACAUUCAACUGUGGAGUCUUACAUCCAAAAACUUCGGCAUCAUCACUGCAAGGGUUAAUCACUCCCAAAGGCUUAAUGAAAGUCAACUAAAGCCAUGGGUGGUGGUGAGGAACGACGGUGUUGUGCUGGGAGCCCACUGCAACUGCACAGCGGGACUCGGGGAGAGCUGCUCUCAUGUGUCAGCUGUUCUCUUCAGUCUGUGGGGAAAAAACAACGCAAGGCACGAGGAGAUCAGCUGCACAUCCAAAAAAUGCAAGUGGGCCUCUCCCAGUGAGGAUGCUGCGAAGAAUGUGGAGUACCUGCAGGGCAAGGACAUCAUAUUCAACCAUACUCAACAAAAUAAAAAGGGGAAUUCCACCAAGGGUACCUCUGCGCCCCCAUCUUUCCCACCCCUGACUGCUGCUGAGCAAACACAGUUCUACCAAAAUCUCUCACAGUGCCGGACUCAAGAUGGGAAGUCCUGCAGACCUGCAGUCCUGUCAGUUGUUCGCGGGUACGCCACAUCCUAUGUACCCAAGGCUGUCAAGCUAGAUUUACCUGAACCCCUUACCAGUCUGUAUGACAAGAAGGCAAGAGACCUGAACCUGGCUGAAUUACAAGAGCGUGCAGAAGGAAUAUUUGAGGACUUGACUGUCACUGAAGAACAGAGUGAUAUUGUAGAGGAGGAGACCCAAGCACAGUCCAAGUCCAGAAUUUGGUUUGAUCAAAGGAGUGGUAGGGUGACAGGAUCUACCUUCAGAGCAGCAACAAGAACAGACCUCAGAAAGCCAGCCGUGUCUCUCAUAAGACAGAUAUGUGACCCAAAGUCCCAUGUUUUCAGCAGUGAGGCUACCAGGUAUCCUCCCCAUCCAGUAGAAAUGAAACAAAUUGAACCUUGA